GGACUUUUCAAAAUAUUAGUUUAAUAUAACCUGUAAAUAACACGUGUACUUCCGGUGACGUCACAUGUAAAUAAACAUUGAUUUCGCAGUCAUACUACUGCAAUUCAUUUCACAGGGACUGACAGUCAACAAAGAAACCCACAAUGUUUAGAGGAGGACGUAGAAGAGGGCAAAACUUUGGAAUUCUUCUGCUUGGUAUGCAGAUGAUGAACUUCGGAUUUGACAAAAUCCCACCAGUUACACUUAUAUCUAUUAUAGGUCAGGUUGCGAUAUUCCUGGGCUUUGGUGACCUUGACCGAUGGUUUGGGUCAGUACGUGAUGUGUGUAUCAGCACACACCUGGUGGUUAGCCAGCGACAGUGGAGCCGCCUUCUCCUGGGAACGCUUGUACACGCCAGCGACAUGCACCUGUACUUCAACAUGGUCUCUCUUCUCUGGAAAGGCAGCAUGCUGGAGAGGAAGUUCCGGAGUCCUUACUUUGCCUACAUGUUGGCUGUGUUCACAUUUCUAUCCAGCGGCCUGUUAGUGGCUCUCAACUGGCUGAUGGCCACUGUGUUUGAUGAUUAUUCCUACAAUCUUACAUGUGCAGUAGGAUUCUCAGGUGUGAUAUUUGCCUUGAAGGUUCUGACCGUUCACUACUCGCCCCGCGGGCUCCACUACGCCCUGGGAUUUAUACCCGUGCCAUCCCGCUACAUCUACUGGCUCGAACUAGGGCUUAUACAGAUCAUCUACCCCAAUGCCUCAUUUACAGGUCACUUGGCUGGGAUUUUGGUUGGAGUUUUGUACAUUAAAGGUCCUUUGAAGAUGAUCAUGGAUGGUUUUAUGUCACCAGAGCCAUCUUAUACAUAUACUCAAGGUACAACAAACAGACAGCCAACUGGUCGGGGUUAUACAACAGGCCGUGGAUCAGAGAGAAUGUAUGAGGAUUAUACAGGUGGACUGAGUGAAGAAGAGCAGAUCAGACGGGCCACACGGCAGAGUCAGCAAGAAAAUUUUAGACCAAAUGGUGAGGAGAGGUUGUAUCCAGACUUGGAUGACUUACGAAGACGUCGGGCAGACAGAUACACCUGAUAAAUCUGAGAUCAAGUCUCGAACAGCCAGACAGUAUUUGGUGCCAGGAGAAAGGAAUUUGUGUCUAUGACAACAGCUGUGAUAAUUGACUUAAUUGCCAUGAAUUGCCAAUGGCAAAGGCUUCAAGAAUUUGUUAACAUGUAAACUGAAACAUGUUGCAAAGGAAGUCUAUGUUGCUUUGUGAAACUGCUUUGUGAAACAUAUUAAUUAAUAUGUGAAUCUUUGUUUGAAUCCCAUUAUUAUUGUGUGUUAUACAUACUGUAAAACCAAGCUUUUUCCCCUUAAUUAUUAAAUAUUUAAAACGAUUGGCAAAUAUAUGUAUUUAUGGACCUUGGAACUGACACUUAAGUUUUUCAUGUUAGGCCAAUUGAAUACAUGUUUUUUUAAUAUAAUGCAAUCUGUUGAUUUAAAAUGGUCAAACUAAGACUGAAAGUUGGGCCUGUCCAAUUUGAAGAGACUUAUCUUACAAAUGGCUUGCCAAAAUGGACACAAAAAAGCUGUAGAUUUAUAUUAAAAUUAGACUUUUGAGUGAUACUGAUGCUUGUCUUUUCUUCAAAGAAAUAGUCAUUGUAUUGUGAUAGCUUUGAGGUCAUUGUCAGCUUCAAGCAAAACUUGAACCUUGUCUUUAACUCAAAAACAGUUCAAAUGAAACAUGGUACACAUGCCGCCAGUGAAAAUACCCACAUGAUUUCUGACUGUAAUAUCUGUAGAUUAAUGCCCCUUUCUGACCAAAAUAAAUGGCAAAAACCUCUGACAGUCAUAUAUAUCAAUUUAUCAUUAAUAUAAAUAGACUGAACGAAACAAAGCCGGAAGGCAAAAAUCUCAGCCAUAACUUAAAAAUCACAUGAAAUUUGGUACACAUGUUGCCAGAGACAUAAAGCAAGGCCCAUAACUCUUGACUUCAAUAAUUGUCCAGUUGUGCCCCUUUUCGAAAACAAAUUGGAUGAGCCUUUGGCAUUUGUUCUGCGGUGCUGUCAUUUAAAUCAUUUCAUUAAGUUUAAUUUUUUUUUGCAAAAUAAGGCGAGAAAAUAAAUGAAAAUAAUUGUUAUAUUAACAAAAACUCUGGUUCUGUAAAAGUAUGUGAAACUUACAGUCUGUGUUCAGAGUUUAAUUUUACAGACCCAUCACUGUCCACAUAUACAUUAAAUGCUACCUCUCACAAAGAUACAUUAAGUGCUACUAAUCAUACAGAUAUAAUAUUUCUAUCAAUACUCAUUAAGGGCUACUGAUCAUAUCGAUAUAUCAUGUUCCAUUGAUGCAUUAUAUUUAUGAUACAUAAUAGAUAUUCAAUGCUACUUUUCAUACAGAUAUUUUACGUUCAGUUGAAUUGACAUAAUGUGCUACUUAUCAUAAAAAUAUAUCAUGUUCUAUUUCUAGACAUAAAGUGCUACUUAUCUUACAGAUAUAUCAUGUUCCAUUAAUACACAUUAAGUGAUACAUUAUACUUAUCAUACCAUAAUAUACAUUGAAUGCUACUAGUUCAUAAAAUGCUACCUAUCAUACGAAAAACAUUUAUAAAUAAAUUAAUUAUUCUAAA